GGAAAUCACGUUCACGUGACCGUUCCUACCCGAAGGUUCAAAGACUCAGAGAGGUCCACGACCGCGCCCGUUGUGCUGCCUGCCACUCACUACCCUUUUCAUGACUUGUCACACAUCCAUGACCUAGCGACUAUAUCUUCUCAGUAUUUGAGAAAGAAGGCUUGAGUUUGGACGACGAGCUCUCGCUGCUCGAAGAAUACAGUCUCGGAAACAUGCUAGUGUACAAGUAUCACGGUGGACUCAGGCCGCUUGGAGUGUCGGACCCUUAUGGUGUUCUGCUCGACAUCCUCCGUACAUUCUGGAUUGCCGCGAUCAGUUACAAUGAGAUUGGGACAUUCAAGCAACAUAUUCGAAGGUGCAGAUGGCCGGACGCUGCCCUCCAGCGGCGCAGCGGUGGAUACAAUAGCUCGGAUGACCCUGCUAAGGUCAAGCAUGUCAUGCUCGUUGCAGAUCCUCAAUUAUUGGAUUUCAACUCCUAUCCUGGGCGCAAUCCAUGGCUGGUAUGGUUGAGCCAACUCAUCGUUGACCUCAACAUGCGUAAGAGCUGGCGCGCUUCUCUUGCAUUGGAUCCGGACGCGGUGGUCUUCCUUGGAGAUAUGAUGGACAAUGGUCGCAUGGACCAGUCGGAUGACGACUACGAGAAGUACUUUCAAAGACUGCAACGUCUAUUUAGGACCGACCAUCCAGUGCCGACAUACUAUAUCACCGGCAACCACGACGUCGGGAUUGGGGCCUCAGCACGCUUCUCUCAGCAGGCUGUAGAGCGCUUUAUGUUCCACUUCGGCCCGCUCAACCAGCUCGUUGAAUUCGGCAACCAUAGUUUCGUGCUGAUUGACGCACCCGGACUUGUCGCCGAAGAGGCCAUGCGCAUGCGGAGCGGACGAAGCUAUGCUCAGUGGGUAGACGUGAGCCCGAACGGCGUGAUCGCUUUUAUACGGUCUCUGGCUGCUCGAGAGAGCACAGAGCCACGAGUGUUGUUCACACACAUCCCGCUUGCGCGCCCUGAAGGGGCACCUUGUGGACCGCUACGCGAACGGGGCACGAUCCGACAGGGCAGGGGCUUCGGAUAUCAGAAUACCCUUGCACCGCACACGACUGAGUUCUUGUUGCAGCACGUCCGACCGUCGCUCGUCUUCAGUGGCGACGACCAUGACUACUGCGAGUACACUCACACCUACGGCUCCUCCGAUGCAGACGGCUCCCCCGACACGGGCACUGUCGAAGAAAUCACCGUGAAGUCGUUCUCCAUAGCCAUGGGUAUCCGCCAGCCGGGCUUCCAGCUCCUCUCAGAAGGCACUCCUCCCUCGCAGUUCACCUCAUCCCUCGCCACCGUCCCCUGCCUCCUCCCCGACCAACUGGGCAUCUACCUCAAUGUCUACCUGCCGCUCUUUGUAUUAAGCGUCCUGUUGCUCCUCGCGUCUAACAUCCACCGUGUACGCACGCGCGGGCGGUACAUCAACUGGGUGGCCCUUCCCCGCUGGUGCCAGUGCCUGCAGGUGUCCCUAGAGUUCGUGCUCUUCGGCCAGCGGGUGACGCUCCGGCUGUCAUUCAGCACGCGGCCGGCCGAUGGCGACGAUGUGGAACUCGGAGAUUACAGACCGUCGGCAAGGAGGGGGAGUCCUAGGCGUCUUCGCGGUGUGUUGGGUGGAUCGGUGAGGGAUGUAAUGAACGUGGCGUGUAUACCGCUCUUGUUAUUUGUCGGGCUUGCUUGGUGGAUUUCGUGACCCUAUCUAUGACUGUUGUAUCUUUCGAUUGUAUCUCCUGGGGCGUAUUGUUAUAUGUGCUUGUUGUAGUCACGGACACUUUCCCGAUGCAAACGUGACACUA